AUGCCGGUGAUUCGUUUGGCUUCAGUGAACAAUACAAUAGCCAACAACAUCGUCACAAACGCUACAAGUGAUGUUUUGCAAGUCGUGUGCGCAUGGCCUGUAUCUGGUCAAUAUGGACCAGGUUCACGUGUCUUAUACUAUGUUCUCGUAGCAGCCUGCGUCUUCUUUCGAAAACAACAAUGGCUGAAAGAAGCUUGUUUGGCAGCCGCACUUCUUUUCCCCGCUGUGGCCGCAAUUCAUGGCAUCGUCCUCGCGGCUGUACAUGUGGAUGGUGCCGUUGAUAUGGAUAUUUAUGGGGCUUUCCAGCUAUGCUCGAUAGGUAUAUUGGCUGCACCGAUAACUGUAAAGUUAUCUCGAACAUAUUUUUUCGAAACCCCUGGUCGAAAUACCAUAUUCUUAUGGACUGGCUUAAUAUUUGCUGGUCUAUUGAGCUUGACUGUUGAGUUCACCAGGAUAAGCACAAGUCCUUGCACUACUGAUAGUAACGGGCAACCGGCCCAUUUCACUCUAGGCAACUUCACCUAUGAUUCGACAUGUAGCCUUGCUUGUGAUGUUGUUUCUGGCCCGUUUUCUCCAAUGCGACGCGAAUCAGCCAAUAACAUCUACGUUAUUCCCGCACCAGACAAACUUACUUUUGACACUGUUACGCUUCUCUCGGCCGCUUGCUGCAUCCCUGCUAUACUUUCACUUGUGUCUACGUGGAACAAGAUUCGUGAGACGAAUUGGAACAAUCGUUUCGGUCGGAAAGAAGAGCCAAUCGACGCGCCGAUUGAGGGUACUAACAAUGCCACCGUUGGACAAAUGAAAGAGGUCAACAGUUUGAUUAGGUUCUUCCUAAGCGCUAUAGAAGUUCCUGUAUUCGUGGGCGCAGUGCUAGCUAUUCUCAUCCUCGGUGAGAGGAACUUUUUCAGUCGCCAAGUUGCAUAUCAAACUGAACCCAUUGCAACUAUCGGUCAAUGGGCACCCAUUGUCGGAACUGCACUUGCUGUUUUCGGCUCCUUGUACCGUCUCUUCGCAGCAAAUAUGGAAGCCGACGAUGAGAAUGCAAUUUUAAGUGCUCCAAAGCAUCAUGAUUUUACGAAGCGAGGUAUUGGUCUUGGAAUAGCCCCAGGAUCAUCAACAUCUAUUGCUCCAGGGGGCAUUGAAAUGAUGCACCAAAGUGUGUCAGAUAGCAGUGCAAGAACUUCUCACGAAAUAGCACCAACUACGAGUAGUCGACCUUCACUUGCACUAGUCAAAUCGUCAUCAGAUGUAGGAAACAGACGAAAAGUAGCCAAUGUUCUGACCACAAUUGGCAACUAUAUUGGUACCGCCGCAGAGUUUCGUCUAGAUGAUUCGGAAUUUAAACAUGGAAAAGCAGUUGACUUCCCAGAAAUUCCUGGAGAAGAUCAGCGAAAUCCAAAGCUGUCACAUAUCAGGGAAGCGUACAAUCAUACCCGCGACGCCGAUGGAAAUAUUACACCUGUGCUUCGUCCUUCACGAGCACCGAGUAUCAACGGUAGUAUCAUCUCAGGACUUGAAAUCGAGGCUAGCACAGGAACUGGCGAACCCGCGUCACCUCGGUCGCCAGCAUCACAAUUCUCUGUUUCCCCUGCAAAUGGUGAUCGUCCACGACCUCGCCGGGAUACCCUUGAAGUUCCUCCGCAGGUUCAUCACAGUCUUACACGAUACGAUACAUCCAGAUCUGAGAGCCAAGUCUCUCCGGGUGGAAAUCUCGGUCACUCCAGAAGUUUGAUGAAGUUACAGUUUGUGAGGGUUAGCACUGCUCAGGAUACCGAUCGAAUUUUACUUGAAAUCUACCCAAAGCUCUGCAAGCGUGGUGCUUUGAUGGAACUCUUUUCAUUGGCCCCUGGAUCUCCGUCUUGCUCUUCAGAUUAUCCACUCUCUUACUACAACUACACGAAAAUAUCACCUAUGCAAUUUAGGUCUCUGUUAUAA